GUCCCCUUGGUGAAAUCGAACUCCUUGCCUAUAUGGGUAAGCUGCACCAAGACCAUCUGUGCACGCCCAUCUGUAACUGUUGAUUGGCGAUGGUAUUCUUGGUAUACGGCCUUGGAAUACCAGAUGCAUGACAACUGGAAACACCUUGCCUCCCAAGGCCUACUGUCACACAACACGGUCAGAAGACUAUAUCGGGGGUACUUUUUGAAAGACUUUUUGCUCUCCAUCAGCAUUCUUGAGACCCUUGCUACCCCUAAGGUAUGGCAGGGGCAUUCAAUGGCUGCCGUUUGAAGAGGGAUCGCUAUCUUAGAAAGCGC